CAUUAAUAAUAAAUGUAGUAAGAAGCAGAGAAGCAGAGACUAUUUUUACAUCAAGAAUUUGUGACUCUAUUCCAUCCGCAAUAAAAGGUAUAUUUGACAGACACCAACACAGAGAAUAAAUACGGGUAUGUUAUUUGGAAUUAGAUUGCAGACUUAUCUUAAGUGCUUAACCAGAUUUAUCACCUAACACUAUAUUUAUUUUGGAGAAGUACUGUCCCCCUUUUUCAAUGUUUAAGACUCCAAACUAUCACAAUACUCCAAUAAUUCAGGGAGAUUUAUUGCGAAUAAAGAGUUUUUGUUCAAAUUACUAUGUGACGAGGUAUUGAGAUUAAAAUGACUCUAGCAUACCUGAUGCACAGUCUCCCGUAACGAAGCAAGGGUUGAUGGUAUUAGCCAAGCAGAAUGAAGUUAAAUACAAUGGGGGAGAAUAAGUUUUCGUUCUUUAGAAGAUUUCUAAUGAGUCACCAUACAUGAGGUUGGUGAAUACUGAAACUGGAUGUGCUUUGCAUACUCACUCAUCGAAAUUGAAGGAGGUCGGCAAUAAUAAUGAAGUAACAGGGUACAAAAAUAGAGAUGAUAAUGAUGCAUGGAAUAUAGAGUGGAUUUCAAAAGAGAUGAGAGAAGGCAUCCAUUAACAAGAAGUGACAGAACCUCUGCCAAGAAAGUGUUAGACGAUCCGUUCUUCAGAUUCUGUGAUUAUUAGGAAUGGACUCACUGGAGGUGCUCUCCACUCUCAUUCCGCUCAUUACAAAUAUGGAACCAAAGAGUAGGAAGUGACUUGGAAAAUCUAACCGAGAGAUUUGAAUGAUUGGUGGGUCAUCUAUAAAAUGAAGAAUUUAUCUCAGGGAUCUGGUGAAUCUUCGCAGUUUAUAGAGAACAAUUCAUUGGUUUCAUUUUUGCAUGUUUAGACAAAACAAAUGUUGACUCACUCCUCAGGAUGCAAAGUGAAGAAUGGUGAUUAUCUUCAAGUGUGUUGUAGUAAAAAGUCAAAUGAAGAAUUCAAAAUAGAAUGUAAGUGUAUGAUUUGAGUAGUGAUCGACAUUGAUGAAAAAUCUAACAAUUUAACUACGGAAAAACCAUUUAGAAUAGUCCAUAUCCCCACAUAACAAUAUUUGGCAGCUCUGGAGAGACCAUCUAGUCAAAGUACAUUCUAAGGAGAGAUGGUGUUGGCUUCGAAGUUUGAUUGGAAUGCGGUUUGGUUCAUUGAAUAUGUUGAUUCAAUAUAUGCUUGAUUGAUUGAUAAUAAUAAUAUAUUUUUAAUUAUAA